UUACAACGGCAGCUCUUGGCCUCACCUCAUAGCAACGUCACUCCUCAAAUAGUCAAAUAGGUAAAUACACAAAUGCGGAAGCUACAGCUAAAGAGUCUCAAAAGCACACUGUAAAUCCACAACCAAAUCAACCCCAGUCUCAUACCCAAGAAUACCACACUGAAACACUCGAUUCACAACAUGAAGAUUGCUAUCACAGGAGCCCGAGGCACCGUCGGUCAAGAGGUGGUUAAGCUGUGCGCCAAAGCAGGCUACUCGACAGUCCAAGUCAACCGCACAGAUGAGAAGAACAAGGGCAUCGAGAACACAGAAAUGCGCACAGCAGACGCAGCAUCAGAUUACGAUGCGACGGUAAAAGCGUUCAAGGGCUGCGAUGCAGUCAUCCACCUCGCAGCAAUCCCAAACCCCGUGGGCACCGAGGACCACAAGGUGCACUCCAACAACGUCAACUCUGCCUUCAACGGGUUCCGCGCCUGCGGCGAACUCGGCAUCAAGAAGAUCUGCUACGCAUCCAGCGUGAACGCAAUCGGCCUCGCCUACGCCAACCAGCCGCUGAAAUUCCCCUACUUCCCCAUAGACGAAGACUACCCCGUGAAUCCGACCGACUCGUACGCGCUGGCGAAGCACGAGGCCGAAACCCAGGCCAGAGCGUUCGUGAACUGGUUCCCUGGGACCAAGAUUGCGCUGAUGCGCAUCCAUGAGGUCGCGCCGAAGGAAGAUGUCAAGGAUGAGCAUGAUGAGAAUUGGCAGGAGGCUGCUGUUGGCCAGUUAUGGGGCUGGGUGCACCCGCAAGCCACAGCGCGCGCCUGUCUUGCUGCGCUCGAGAAGGCAGAUAACUAUGAGGGCGCGGAGAUCUUCAACGUCAUUGCGCCUGAUACUACGCAGAUGACGCCUUCGAAGGAGCUAGCGAAGAAGUACUACCCUGAUACUGAGAUUCGUGAGGGACUGGAGGGUAAUGCUGCCUUUUGGACGACGGACAAGGUAAAGAAGGUGCUGGGGUGGGAGCACACUGAGAAGCAGUAGAGGGGAGAUGGUGUAAGGACUGUGUAGUCUCUGGAAGAGUGACCUUUGCAGACGAUUACGAACGUUAGCAAUAAGAGCACAAUGCGAUAUGAUGCCUCUGCGUAAUACAAUGAGUUCGGCAAUUGUGAGUCUGAAGGUGUCCCAAGGCUUAAAAGUCUAUUGAUGCCAUUCUACGAUCUACAAACAGCCACUCUCACACCUGCCC